GAGGAGGCGGCAGGAGGAGGAGGAGGAGGGGCGGCGCGGGCCGCAGCGAGCUGGCUGGGUUCGGCGCGGCUGCCCCUGAACAUGGCGGCGGCGGAGGCGGCAGCUGCUCCGGGUGGCGGAGGGUGCUCGCCGGCGGGCAGCGGCUCGGUGCCCGUCCUCUUCUGCUUCUCCGUCUUCGCGCGGCCUUCCAGCGUGCCCCACGGCGCCGGCUACGAGCUGCUGAUCCAGAAGUUCCUCAGUCUCUACGGGGACCAGAUAGACAUGCACCGCAAGUUCGUGGUGCAGCUCUUCGCUGAGGAGUGGAGCCAGUACAUAGACCUGCCCAAGGGCUUCCUGGUCAGUGAGCGCUGCAAGGUGCGCCUGGUGCCGCUGCAGAUACAGAUGACUACUUUGGGCAACCUGACACCCUCAAGCACUGUGUUUUUCUGCUGUGAUAUGCAAGAGCGAUUCCGGCCUGCCAUCAAGUACUUCGGUGAUAUCAUCAGCGUGGGCCAACGACUGCUCCAGGGUGCACGGCUAUUAGGAAUUCCAGUUAUUGUAACUGAACAGUAUCCCAAAGGACUUGGCAGCACUGUGCAAGAGAUUGAUUUAACAGGAGUUAAACUUGUGCUUCCCAAAACAAAAUUUUCAAUGGUGCUGCCAGAAGUCGAAGCAGCAUUAGCAGAAAUCCCUGGAGUCCGCAGCGUUGUCCUGUUUGGAGUAGAAACUCAUGUCUGCAUCCAGCAAACAGCAUUGGAAUUAAUUGGCAGAGGUCUGGAAGUUCAUAUUGUAGCUGAUGCCACCUCAUCAAGAAGUAUGAUGGACAGAAUGUUUGCUCUUGAGCGUCUUGCUCGUACUGGAAUUAUAGUUACUACUAGCGAAGCUAUAUUGCUGCAACUAGUAGCUGAUAAAGAACAUCCAAAAUUCAAAGAAAUCCAGAAUCUCAUUAAGGCAAGUGCCCCUGAGUCAGGGCUCCUUUCCAAAGUUUAAAGGGGAUGUAGAGGAAGCGGAUCUCAUUGUCAUCUUUAAGGAGGAAGGAAAGCUGUAAGCGCACAUGUACACCUUCUUUCAUGCAAAGUUUGGUAGCAGUGUAAAAUUAAAAAUUGACAUACUCUUGCUUGCCUUAGCAAAUUGUCUGGUUAUACAUCUGGGUGCCAGUAUGUUCUGUUUAAUUACAGCUGUCAGCCAUAGGACCCUUUUGUUGUCAAAUUUCCUUAUUUAUUUAAAAAACAAAAAUUAACAGAGGUGCCUGCUAGUCUACACUAUACACUGAUUGUAACAGCUCCAAAAAAGUGCAUAUUUGUGUGACACGUCCUGAUUGUGCACUUUGUAAAAGCAUUCUGUGAUAUUCUGGUUUACUUUUGUAUUAAUAGAGGAUAAUUACUUAUUGGAUAAAUGUGAUGUGAUAUGCUUUAAUGUUCCAUGUAAAUGAAGUAUUUUAAUAGGGCAUAAGUUAAAACUGAGUAAGAUAUAUGGACUACAUGUGCGCUUUUGUUCUCUGGGAUAAAAUUUAAGUGCUUUGCUUCAUAGACAAGACAUAGAUCAAGCAGCAGCUGAUGUUUGAUUGCUCUCAGUAGCUGAAGCCUGCAUCGUGACUUUCGAUUAUUCUAAAAUUGACUGCCCAACCCUGUACUUCACUUAAAUGUACACAAACAGAAAACUAUCGUUUAAUGAGUUCUUUAUGAACAACUGGUGUAAAGCCCUUCAGAACUAGCAGAUUACCAAAACUUUAAAUAAAUUGGCAAUGCGAAGGAUGUUAAAGAACAAAAGCUGUAUUUAGAUUUAAAUUAGGAAUUUUUUAACGCCAUUUCAGUUAGAUUGAAUAAUUCCAUCUGAUUUACUCAUUUGGCCAAGCAAGCUCUGAAAGAAACCUUAGCUUCUCUAGGUUUUUGCACCUUUUUUGUGGGUUGCAGCUGGGAGGAGUUUGAAUGGAAUCUGGCCUGAAAGCAUUCUUCAGAAAAAUAACAUCUUUACUUUAAUGAUACAUAUAUUUUCUAUCUAGAACCAAUCUUUUAACACAUUAUUGUUCAAACACUUCAUUCAUGUUCCAGUGGUUUAAACAAUGUUGUAUAUAGUUUACAGUGUGACUGAGACAUUUAUUUUUUUAAAAAAGUACUAGAAGAUGUCAUACUGAACACUGAUCUUUUUGGUAGAAAACCAAUUAAAGUACAUGUAUUGUUUUAAAUUGCUUAUUUUCCCCACAAGAUGGCUCUAAAAGAAUUGUUUCAGAGAGUUAACCUUUAUAUGUUCAAAACAAAUAAAAUGUUAACAUUUGCUGUCUCUCUUACGCUUGUGAUAUUUAUUGAAGAGCAGAUCCCGAAAGCUGUGUUUGCCAUGGACCUUAUUCUGUUUUGUGCAGCUGUGGAAAUUCUAUAGAUGUCAUGGGAAUUUUGUGUAAAGAUCAAGGGUGGAUAAUGUCUAAUAAUUCUUGUCUUCUGUGUCUAGUUACAGUGUUACUUAGUGCUCCAGAACAUGAGGAAUGAGCGUUAUGCUUCACGUUGGAGGCAGGGAGGCAAGUUGAGUUGAAGAGCCAUUGUCCUAUAUCACUGACCUACUUUUUACCUUCUUUUCUGGUAUAUUAAUCACGUUGCCUAGCAGUAUAAAGUCCACUUAAAUAAAUCAGCAGCUGUGCACAAAAAUACAAUAGAUUUCUUAUGAAAUAAUGGUUUUAUUGCUUUCUUACCUUUAUGUGUUGAUGGCAUCUAGAAUUAGUAAUGGAAGAAAAAAUUGUAACAGUGUUUUUUACACAUUUCUUUUUGGAACAGUAUAAAUUUCCUCCAUAACAAAUACAUGUGUUUUUAAGAUAUAAUUGUGUUUGUUACUAAAAAUUAACCAUUUUUAUACAAACAUAAGUUGGAAGACAGGUGUCACAAGUUCCUUCGCACAUAGUCCUUUCCUAACUAAGUUUUUUACCACAAGGGGAAUCAUUUGGUAGUAAGAUGGCACUAGAGAAGAAUCUAUAAAAUACGUUGAUAUUCUCUGUGAUUAUUUUCUUUUUUUGUAUUUGCAUAGCCUUCUGUGGCAAACUGGAUUUUUGUCAGGGUUAUUAAUUUGUAGUUUUUUUCCAUAAGCUUGAAAAAUAGGAUUGCAGAAAUACCCAGUGUUAUGCUAUAAAGCUGAGUUCUUAGAUGUGAUUUUAGGGGCAGAAUGAUUGAAGUCUUUCUCCUUCAUUAGAUGGUGGUGUGUCCUGGUUUCAGCUGGGAUAGAGUUAAUUUUCUUCCUAGUAGCUGGUAUAGUGAUGUGUGUGGGAUUUAGUAUGAGAAUAAUGUUGAUAACACACUGAUGUUUUAGUUGUUGCUGAGCAGUGCUUACACUAGUCAAGGACUUUCCAGCUUCCCGUGCUCUGCCGGCUGCACAAGAAGUUGGGAGGGGACACGGCCUGUACAGGUGACCCAAACUGGCCAAAGUGAUAUUCCAUACCAUGUGACAUCAUGCUCAGUAUAUAAUCUAGUGGGAGCUGGCUGGGGGAGGACCGCUGCUCGGGGACUGGCUGGGCAUUGGUCGGUGGGUGGUGAGCAAUUGCACUGUGCAUCAGUUAUUUUGUAUAUUCUUUUAUCAUUAUGAUGAUGAUGACGAUUUUCCUUUCCUUUUCUGUCCUAUUAAACUGUCUUUAUCUCAA